UGUGCCGGGUCAGGGUGGAAAGGCUUCCACAGGCAGGGGGAGGAAACAUGUCAUGAGAGGUGAUAACACAGCCACAGAGGACGUAUCCACAUCCUCACUGACUCCCAACUUCGCUGCUCACCGCUGAUUCUGCUGCUGUUUCCCACAGAGAAGAGAGGGAGCCAAAGAUAGCCUCUCUCUCCCACUUCUCUCUCUUCCCCUCUCUUUUUUUUUUUACUUUGUUUGUGGACGAUGGGAUUUUAAUCAUGUGGAAGAAAGUUGAGCAGCUCUUCUGGAUUUCGCUGACACUGCGUCUGGUCCCGCCUGGCCUCCCCUGAACAGGAUGGACUCUCUGGAGUCGGAGCUGACCUGUCCAAUCUGUCUGGAGCUCUUUGAAGACCCGCUUCUGCUCCCCUGCGCCCACAGCCUGUGCUUCGGCUGCGCCCACCGCAUCCUCGUCUCGCACUGCACCACCAGCGAAUCUGUUCAAAGCAUUGCCGCCUUCCAGUGCCCCACAUGUAGAUAUGUCAUUUCUUUGAGUCCUGAGCGCGGACUAGAAGGGCUUAAGAGAAACGUGACCUUGCAAAACAUCAUUGAUAGAGUCCAGCGGGCCUCAUCUUCAGCCGGGCUCCCUCUACCACUUGCGCUGCCUGCACCCCACAGUGGACCGAACUCCCCCAGUGAGGAGGGGAGCAACCGGUUGGCACUGAUCCCCGUCAGCGCCGCCAUGUCCAGCCCAAGUACGCCUCCUGAGCCGGUCCAGUGCCAGUUCUGCGAGCAGGACCCGCCACAGGAAGCGGUCAAGACGUGCGUGACAUGCGAGGUGUCCUACUGCGAGGAAUGCCUGAGGGCGACUCACCCCAACAAGAAGCCGUUCACGGGUCACCGGCUCAUCGAGCCCAUGUCUGACUCGCACCUCAGAGGGCUUCAGUGUCUGGAGCACGAGGAGGAAAAGGUCAACAUGUACUGUGUCAGCGACGAUCAGCUCAUCUGCUCGCUGUGCAAGCUGGUCGGGCGGCACAGGGACCACCAGGUGGCAGCGCUGAGUGACCGCUAUGAAAAACUCAAGCAAGCGCUGGAUUCCAACCUGAGCAAUUUGAUAAAGAGGAACAAUGAGCUGGAGUCACUCAUGGGGAAGCUGAUUCAGACUUGUCAACAUGUGGAGGUAAACGCUUCCCGUCAGGAGAACAAGCUCCUGGAGGAGUGCGACGUCCUGAUUGACAUCAUUCAGCAGAGGAGGCAGAUUAUUGGCAGCAAGAUCAAGGAGGGGAAGGCACAUAGGCUUCGGAAGCUGACCCAGCAGAUCUCGAACUGCAAACAGUGCAUCGAGAGGUCGUCGGUCCUCAUCGCGCAGGCCGACCAGACGCUAAAGGAAACCGACCACGCUCGCUUCUUGCAGACCGCAAAGAGCCUCAACGAGAGGGUUUCGAUGGCAACGGCGUCAACCCAAGUGCUGAUCCCCGAGAUCCACCUGACGGACACGUUCGACACCUUCGCCCUGGACUUCACCAGAGAGAAGAAGUUGCUGGAGAACCUGGAUUACCUCACAGCUCCGACUGCUCCGUGCAUAAGGGAGGAGCUAUGCACGGCUUCCUAUGACACCAUCACCGUCCACUGGACGUCUGAUGAUGAAUUCACAGUCGUGUCCUAUGAGCUCCAGUACGCCAUCUUCACCGGACAGUCCAACAUUGCCAGUCUCUGUAACUCACUGGAGAGUUGGAUGAUUGUUCCCAACAUCAAGCAGAACCACUACACGGUGCACGGCCUGCAGAGCGGCACCAAGUACAUCUUUGUUGUCAAGGCCAUUAACCAAGCAGGAAGCAGGAGCAGUGAACCGGGAACUCUCAAGACCAACAGCCAGCCUUUCAAGCUGGACCCCAAAUCCGCUCACAAAAAGCUGAAGGUGUCUCACGAUAACUUGACAGUGGAGCGGGAUGAAACCACAUCCAAGAAGGGCCACAGUCAGGACCGGUUCUCAAGCCAGAACAGCUACGGCGUGGUAGGAAACGUCUACAUUGACAGUGGCCGUCACUACUGGGAGGCUCUGAUUGGAGGGAGCACAUGGUACGCUGUGGGUAUAGCCUACAAAUCGGCCCCCAAGCACGAGUGGAUCGGCAAGAACUCGGCCUCCUGGGUGCUCUGCCGCUGCAACAACUCCUGGGUUGUUCGCCACAACAGCAAGGAGCUCGCCAUCGAGCCUUCGCCACACCUGCGGAGAGUUGGCGUCCUCCUGGACUACGACGCCGGUUACCUGACAUUCUACGACGCCGUGGGCUCGCAGCACUUGCACACAUUCCACGUGUCCUUUGUCCAGCCCGUGUGUCCCGUGUUUAAUGUGUGGAACAAGUGUCUGACGAUCCUCACCGGUUUACCAAUCCCUGAUCACCUGGAGGUAGUGGAACCGAACAACUGAACGAAGCUGAGACCGGCCUCGUUACUUUAAAGCUGCGCUGUCCAUGACUAGUAAAACGACUCGAUAAUCUGAUCAGUUGAGCAAAUGAAAUCGCGCUCGCGUGCACUUCGAAAAUCUGACAUCACGUUCCGCAAUCAAAUUCAUUCCUAUCUGUGAAAAGUCACCCAGUGCAGCUUUAAAGUGCAAAGACAAAAUUGUGAGGUGUGUUUUUCAUCAAACCUCUCAGACAUGUGAUCUCAGUUGUUUCGUUUAGGCUUUGUCAAAGCAAAACACAAUGCUGGCAUAUGUUGUAUUGACUCAAAAAAGACUUGUUCGAGAUGGAUGGCAAUAAGCUGGAGUCAGUACAGAGGAAACCAGGACAAAUGGACCUUUUUCAUUCUCUGAGGCACUUUGGGCUAUGAUUUGUACCACGGUACAACUAGGAAAAAAAGCCACAAAUCAAUUUCUAAUUUUCUUCUUUUCCUUUACACCUUUUUUUAUCCGAUAUAGCACUUUGAAGAUCUCUUACCACAUACACACACACACAUACACGAAACAUGAAGGCAAACAAUACAUACAUUUAACUUAUCAUGCUGAAGGAGCAUUGUAACAUAGGUAUAUUUUGUAAAUUCACAAACAGUCCCCCUUAUCUUCCCCUUGUUGAUUAAAAAAAAAGGAACCAAAGUAGCCAUUGUUGUCCAUUCAGGUGUCUUUACUUAAAAUUUUACACUUAAUAAAUGCUGAAUUAUUUUUGAAAGUUGCAGAGAAUUAAAAAGUAUUAUUCUAAUAUUGAAAGUAAAACAUUCCUUUAAAUGUAGAUUCUUUUUUUAGCACAUUGUUCAUCUUUAAUUCAUGGUCCUGUAGCCUUGUUUAUUUUAUUUAUUUUUGGUGCAGUUACCAUGCAUUCAUAUUGGCAAAGUGUUGCGUUGCAUUUGACAUAUUGUGUUCAUUUUCUUUUCUGGCAGCCAGACAAGUCCUGACAUUACAAGUAAUCUGUGAGUUGUGUUACAGUUGGAGCCCCAGGUUAUUAUUGGAGCCAAGUGAUGAAGUGCACAAUUGGGUGCGUUUGUUUUUCUUUUUUAUUUCUCUAACAACCAGUUUAGUGGGUCAUAUGUGUGUGCCAAUGCUCCAGAACCAGAACUUCCCAAUUUAUAUUCAACUUUGUGUCAUUUGAGGUUUCAAAUCGACAUGCAGCAAAACAGCUCGGAAAUAUUCAGUUUAGUCAAAUUAUUUGCCAUCGUAUUCAAACACCAUAGCCACUCAUGUGACCACGAGUUUUAUUAGGAUCUUUUUUUUUAAAAAAAAAAAGGCCUAAAUGAGAUUUAGCCACUGCUGUUUUCACUUACCAAAGGGAUUUUUCUCUAAUUCUCAGUGUGAAUACAAUACUCUGGUCUGAUUUCUCAGUGUUUCAUUGUUUCAAUACCUAGUACACUUACAAAUGUGGAGGAUACAUUCUGUCCAAUUAACUCUGUAUUUCCUUGGCAAUAAACUCAGCUGUAUGUUUACUUGUAUCCAGUAUGAAUAUAUAUAUAUAUAUAGUGCUUAAUUUAAUGUCUCCAUUUUAACUUUAUGACCACGGUGUAUUAUGUUUUGUCUCGAUGGACAUUUUUAUGGCAAACAGGAUUGAAGCGCUUGCAUCACUGUCGAGUUAGAUAAGGACGAGAAGGUCAAAAAAUAAAAGUUUAAUUUCA